AUGAAUUUGACACAAGUUGACAGCAAUGCAACAAUAACUUUGAAUUACUGGAAGACAUUUGUCAAAGCUGUUGGCAAGAAUGUGACCGUUGUUGUGUUGGGCAUCACCAUAAACUACAUUAAUGCCACAAUGAUCCACACAUUCAACAAGUAUCAUAUCUUCAGGUUGAACCCUCGCUACAUCCUGUUCAUCCACUUGGUGUUUAACGAUAUCAUCCAACUGUCAACCAGCAUUUCCCUCUUCAUCUUCUCGUAUGCAUUCCACACCAUCCACGUCUCCCUCUGUUUGUUACUCAUCUUGCCGGCGAUCUUUACCACACAAAACACUCCUCUUAAUAUAGCUUUUAUGGCAGCAGAGUGUUGUGUUUCUGUCUGCAUCCCUCUUCGAUACAGCUACAUAUGUACAGUCAAAAGAACAUACAUUGUAAUUGGAAUAAUCUGGGCAAUAAGUUCACUUUCCAUUUUGCCAGAUCUGUUCAUUCUCUUGGCCGUUGAGUCUUCACAGUUCUUACAGUCGAGAGUGGUCUGCAACAGAGAUACUGUGUUUCGUAGCAGCUAUAGUGUAAAGAAGAGGGAUGCAUCCCACACACUGUUUCUAGUGCUAGUUUCGGUCACACUGUUGUACACUUACUGCCAAAUUUUGUUUGUGGCUAGAUGUGCUGAUUCAGAUACUAAAAAGGCAAGAAACACCAUCCUGAUUCAUGGGUUUCAGGUGCUGUUGUGUACAACGGUUUAUGUGCAACCUCCGUUAAUCAAACUCCUGGUAUACUUUUUUCCUGAAGGGCUAAGUGACAUAAACUUUGCCACUUUUAUUAUUAACCAAGUUCUCCCUCGCUUAGGAAGUCCUAUAAUCUAUGGAUUACGUGACAAGACUUUCAGAAAGUUCUUGAAAAGGCAUUUGUGUGCAGUGAACAACCUUCCAAAGAUAAUACGGUCGUCAUAA